AUGGCCGAGGUCUACGGUGACACGACCACUACACAUGGUAACUGUGCAAGCGAUCAGUUGAAUCCCACUGCUGAUCCACUUCACGCAGCUAAGUCUGAAAAAGCACAUUCUGAAAACCUAUCCGCCAUUUCUGUCAACGGCACCAAUGGAGACACUGAUGUCACCCACCAUCAUCAUCAUGAACAUAACCAUGAGGGAGAUCCGAAUGGAGGAGCACUCUUCCAGAUCAACGUCAAGCUGCCCCAUGACCCAUACAAGAUGUUCUUAACAGUCACUAGCCAGGAACAGGUCCAAGAUGUGCGGCAGUCGAUCGUUGAAUCACCUGGGACCUUCCAAUACACAUGCUUUCAUUUGGAACAUAAUGGAGAACGAAUCAACGAUUUCAUUGAGCUGGCAGAUGUGAAAGAUCUCAAGGCUGGCUCUGAAUUGGUUCUAGUCGAGGAUCCGUAUACCGAGAGAGAAGCUCGCAUGCAUGUGGUUAGGAUCAGGGAGCUGAUUGGCGCCGCAGGAGAUCGUGUAGAUCAACUACAGGGCAUCUGCGCAGGCAUAUCACUCCACGAUACGGCGGUGGCUGCUCGAAAUGCCUUGAUCAAUGACAGCUCGGCGCCAGCUCACCCUUUGGUUGGCUUCGAAAUCGACGCUCCUUCCUCGAUCCAGACUAUUGUACCCCAGCAGCAAGAAACUCUACCACGGACUCUGAAGUCCAUCUCCAUCUCGCCGUGGAACCCUCCACCCUAUCAUCUCAGGCAACGAGGUCAUCUCCUAUACCUUCAAGUCACUACCAAUGAAGGUGAACAAUAUCAGAUUACAUCAACAGUCUCAGGCUUUUUCGUUAGCAGAUCCUCCAGCAACAAAUUCGAUCCAUUUCCAAGACCAGCACCUAAGAACCACAACGCACAUUCCUUGCUCUCUCUCAUCGCUCUAAUCUCACCAUCGUUCAACAAAGCAUUCACGGAGCUUCAAGAAGUCAACAACAAGAAGGACCUUCUUACUACCUUUCCGUUUCAGAAUGCCAUUCCCGCAAAUCCAUGGCUGGUUCUGUCUCCGUCCUCUCCACUGAAUCAGCAUCAACCGGACCAGACGAGAGCACAAGAGGCAUAUUUGAUGGGAGGGGUGGACAAUACUGAAACAUUGAGAGAUUGGAAUGAAGAAUUUCAAAGCACAAGGGAGCUACCCAGAGACAACGUUCAGGACAGAGUAUUUCGUGAGAGGCUUACCUCGAAGCUAUUUGCGGACUAUAAUGAUGCAGCAGCCAGAGGCGCAGUGCUGGUUGCACGUGGUGAGGUGGCUCCUCUAAACCCCACCGAAGGCAAAGAUGCCCAAAUCUUUGUCUACAACAACAUAUUCUUCUCUUUCGGUGCUGACGGCGUUCAGACGUUCGCUAGUGAAGGAGGUGACGAAGCUGCAAGGGUGGCCGUUGGUAAAGAUGUGAUGGGUGUCAGGGCUGUCAAUCAGCUGGACAUCCCGGACUUGUAUACUCCGGGCACAGUUGUUGUCGACUAUCUCGGCAAGCGGAUAGUCGGACAGAGCAUAGUCCCAGGCAUAUUCAAACAGCGUGAACCUGGAGAACCUCAGAUUGAUUAUGGUGGUGUUGAAGGUAGAGAAAUCGUCACAGAAAAUGAGGCAUUCGUUCCGGUAUUCGAGAGAUUGUCUAAAGCUAUACAUGUCAAGAAGCAUGCGGUCUGGGACAAAAAAUGCGAACGCCACGACUUAGAAGGCAGCAUUGAGACAAAAGGCUUGCUUGGUACCGAUGGCCGGAAGUACGUGCUUGACAUGUAUCGCAUCGCCCCACUUGAUGUCGCUUGGGCAGAUGAAGUCGCUUCGUCUGAUGGCUCCGACUUUGGAGAAUAUCCUCAUCGCAUGGCUAUUCUGCGUCUCGAGCUUGUCGAAGCGUACCGAAGAAUGAAGCUUCAAGAGUACGUCAAAGCUGAGGUGGAAAGAAGGAAAGCUGAGCCUAAACCCCAAGUCGACGAGAAGGAUGAGCAGAACGGCCUGGAGCAGAGUUCAGUCAAUGACUUGCCGCCACAGGUAGCAGAGGGGUCUGUCGAGAAGACAGUUCAAACCAGCCAAGAGGAGGGUGGCCAGGAUCAAGAGCUUGUGGACCUUUCGAAUUUCAAAUUUGCAUUGAAUCCCGAUGUGUGCAGCGGACAGGUGCCGCAGACGGACGAGGAGAAACGAGAAUAUGCACAAGACGAACAAGAAGUUCUAGCGGUGUGUGCCUAUCUGAGAACAAAAGUCAUCCCAGACCUAAUUCAAGACCUCUAUGACAACGACGUAGGCUACCCAAUGGAUGGCCAAUCUCUGAGUCAGCUGCUACAUAAACGAGGUAUUAACGUGCGGUAUCUUGGCAAGGUUGCUACGCUUGCUGCAGAGAAGGGCAAUCGCCUCAGAGCACUGGUAGGGCUGGCUCAUCAAGAGAUGGUCGCGCGAGCAUUCAAGCACAUUACUAACAGAUGCCUUCGACAUUUGCCGUCUGUAUUUGCUGUGUCCUGUGUUUCCCAUUUGCUGAAUUGCUUGUUGAGUUUUCAGGUCAACGAAAAUCCUCGACCAGACAUAGAUGAAGAGCUGAAAGAGAUGUACCCUGAAGGCGAUUUCUCCUUCGAAAAGACCACGCCACAGGACUUGCGAGCUGACAUCGAGAAGCAAAUAUCAAUAAGAUACCGAUAUUGCUUGCCUCCAGAAUGGUUAGCAGACUUGAAACCAUUGCAGACACUGCGUGAAAUUAGUCUGAAGCAAGGACUACAACUGGCUGCCAAAGACUACAUUUUCCGCAAGAACGAAUCGAAAUCAGACGAUGGUGCGGCCAUAACGAAUGGUGUCAACCAUGCCAACGGCCACAAUUCUGAAGAGCAGCGAAAGAAGAAGAAGAAAGGCGGUGACCAUGCACUCACCAAUGGAACAAGUCCCAAGCCGACCAACACCUUCACUCCGGACGACAUUCUCAACAUAACCCCUGUUGUGAAAGAUGCUGCUCCACGUAGUGCUCUAGCAGAAGAAGCUUUGGAAGCCGGGCGCAUUUCCUUACAGCAGAACCACAAGCAGCUAGGUCAAGAAUUGAUACUAGAAUCACUGUCCUUGCAUGAACAGAUCUAUGGCAUCCUCCAUCCAGAGGUAGCCAAGAUGUAUCAUCAGUUGUCAAUGAUCUAUUUCCAGACCGACGAGAAAGACGCUGCAGUGGAGCUCGCACGCAAAGCAGUCAUUGUCACCGAAAGAACUCUUGGUUUGGAUUCUGCCGACACCAUCCUCGCCUACCUCAAUCUUUCGCUUUUCGAGCAUUCUAUGGGCAACACUAAGAUUGCUUUGAAUUACGUCAAACAUGCCUUGGAUCUGUGGAAGAUCAUCUAUGGCCCCAACCAUCCGGAUUCUAUCACGACGAUGAACAAUGCCGCUGUCAUGUUACAGACUUUGAAACAGUAUUCAGAUUCAAGACGAUGGUUUGAGGCAUCACUUGCUGUGUGCGAAGAUCUCUUCGGACGUCAGUCGGUUAACUCAGCCACUAUUCUUUUCCAGCUGGCGCAGGCGCUGGCACUAGAUCAAGACUCGAAAGGUGCAGUCAAUCGCAUGCGUGAAGCCUACAACAUUUUCCAUUCCGAACUUGGACCAAAUGACCGCAAUACCAAAGAGGCAGAGAGCUGGCUCGAGCAGUUGACUCAAAAUGCUGUAUCUAUUGCCAAGCAUGCCAAAGAUAUCCAGAAUCGACGUUUGAGGCGAUUUCAGUUGACGUCGGAUGUGUCUUUCGGAACCCGGCCACUGCCACAAGUUGGUCGUACAGUCGCAGAGACAGCGAGCAAUUCUGCCAGGUCGAAUACGCGACCAAUGGGCCUUGACUCGCGGAGCAUAGAUGAGCUCUUGAAAUUUAUCGAGGGUGCAGAUGGCGGCUCUUCACCCCAAGCUAAACAGAAGAAACGCGCAAAAGCGAUGAACCCCAAGUUGAGAUCACGCGCUAAGGAGGCAGUGGCUCCUUGA